GCGGCGUGCGGCGGCGGGGCGGCGCGGGAGCUGGGGGCACGCGUGUGGGAGGCGCAGUGGGCGGCGGGCGGGCGGCUGGCGCUGGCGCUGGGCGGCGGGGCCGUGGCGCUCUACGAGUGGCGCGGCGGCGGGUGCUGGCUGCGGCGAGCGAGCUGCGGCGGGGCCGGGGCGCUGCGCUGCGCCGUGCUGGCGGGCAGCGGCUGGGCGCGCCUGGCGCUGGCGGCCGGCACGGCGGCGGGGGCCGUAGUGGUGUGGCGGGCGGCGGCGGCGGCGGCCCCGCGGCGGCGGUUGCACGGGCACCGGGGCGCCGUGCUGGCGCUCAGCUACGCGGCGCCGCGGGGGCUGCUCGCCUCCGCCUCCGAGGACCGCAGCGUGCGGCUCUGGGCCGUGGGCGCGCUGGGCGGCGGGGAGGAGGAGGAGGAGGGCGAGGGCGUCUGCCUGCUGGUGUGUUACGGGCAUGGCUCGCGGGUGGCCGCCGUGGCCCUGCGGGGAGAGCGGCCGGUCAGCGCCGGAGAGGACGGCGCCUGCCUGGAGUGGGACGGCGGCGGCGGCGUGCGGCGGGCGCGGCGUGGGCACCGCGGAGCCCUGCGCGCCCUGGCCCUGCGCCCCGCCGGCGGCUGCCUCGCCACGGGCGGCGACGACGGCGGCGUCCGGCUCUGGCGGCCCCGCCGGGCGGCCCCGGCGGCGGCGGCGCUGGGGGCCCCGGUGCGGCCGCGGGCCGUGCUGCUGGCGGGGCCGCGGCGGGUGCUGGCGCUAGGCGAGGCGGGCGAGCUGGCGGCCUACGAGGCGGCGGCGGGGCGCUGGGAGCCCGUGCUGCCCCCGGCAGCCGUCGGGCCCCGCGGAGUUCUGGCGGCUACCCUCAUCCCCGGCGGGGACGAGACGCUCUGUGCCCUGGCCGGCGGCGACGGGCGCCUCGUUCUCUUCUCCCUGGGCAGCCUCGGGGCCGCUGCCGGGCUGAGGCUGUUCGAGGGUGCUGUUCGACAGCUGAGCUGGGCCCUCCGCCCCGGGCAGCCCCCCGGCACUGCCGCCCUCCUGGCCUCCGGCCCCGACGGCGAGAUGCUGUGGCUGGACGUUGCCCAUCGGCCCGGGCAGGCCCCGUGCCCGCGGCUCAUGGGACGGUACCAGCUGCCGCCCUGCAAGCAGCGCUGGCACACCUGCGCAGCCUUCCUGCCCCAGGACGGGCUCCUGCUCUGUGGGGACCGCCGGGGCUCCCUUCUCCUCUUCCCUUGCAGCAGCUCCCAGGGGAGGGCUGCAGAAAGCACCAGCAUCACUGAUGGUGGCACCAACCAUGUCAGCAAGGACUCGGAGCCCUUAUGCUUGUCACACAAAGGGGCUCUUCCCCUGCAGGCCCCGCUGUCCGUGCUCUUUGGGCUCCACGGAAAGACAGGGGUUACCUCGGUGACCUGCCACGGCAGCCACAUUUACAGCACGGGCCGGGACGGCGUGUACCGCCAGCUGCGCCUGCAGGGACAGCAGCUGGAUGUCCUGGGGAAGCACAGACCCUGCAAAGGGCUGCAGUGGAUUGAGGAGCUACGCUUCACCCCGGGCGGGGACCUGCACGUGCUGGGCUUUCACGCUGACAACUUUGUGGUGUGGAGCAGCAGGACUGGCGAGAAUCUCCACUGCAUCCCCUGCGGUGGUGGGCACCGCUCCUGGAGCUACUGCAGCAGCUUCGGGGACGAGGCCUUCGCCUUCGUCAAGUGCGGGGACGUGAUGCUGUACCGGCACACGGCUGAGCCCUGCGAGCAGCAGGUGCUGCUGGCAUCCCUGCACGGCCGGGAGAUCGCCUGCGUCCGGCGCCUGGGCGCGGUGGAAGGGCCCAACCACACCUCCCUUAACGUCUUUGUCACCGGCAGUGAGGACACCACGGCCUGUGUCCUGGUACUCAGCGAGCGCUCCCGGGCCGCCGUGCCCCUCACCCGCCUCAGUGACCACAUUUCCAGCGUGAGGGCGCUGGCCCUGACCAGCCCCCUGGGACCUGGUGAUGAGGGCUUCGAUGACAAGGGCUUGUCCACCCUGCUCUUCUCUGCGGGCGGCCGGGCACAGAUCGAGUGCUACCGGGUGCUGUGUGCUUGGGACCCUUCCUCCGAGAGCAGUGUGACCUGCCAGGUCAUCCAUGUGGCCUCCCAUCGGCUGGAUGAGCACUGGGAGCGGAAGAAGAACAGGCACAAACUGGUCAAGAUGGACCCGGAGACAAGGUAUAUGUCGCUCUCAGUUGUACCCGGACCCAGCACCAAGCAGCUGCCAACAACCUGGAAGUUCCUGGCUGCUGCCUGCAGCGAUGGAUCGGUCCGGGUCUUUGGGCUGCUGGAGGCUGCCCGGAAGCUGGUGCUGGUGGCAGAGUCGUUUCACCAUCAGCGCUGUGUGCUGAAGGUGGAGGCGUUCCUGCACACAGGAGCAGGAGGGGAGAGGAGGCAGCUCCUGUGCAGCGCAGCCACCGACGGGAGCAUCGCCUUCUGGGACAUCACCAGCCCCAUCCUGGAUGCCACAGCCACCCUGCAGGAAGCAGAGGGAGAGAUGCAGGCCCUGGCCCUGGGCGCCCCGCUGCUCACCGUCACAGCCCACAGCUGUGGUGUGAACAGCCUCCACGUGCGUGAGACGCCGGAGGGACGGUACAUGGUGGCCAGCGGCAGCGACGACGGCUCCAUCCACUUCUGCCUGCUGGAGGUGGCCCAGGCCGGGGGUGAGGCAGGACCAGGGCCAUGCCUGCGCGUGCUGGAGCGCGGGGCCAAGCCCUGUGCCCACGCCGCACACGUGACAGGGGUGUGGGUGCUGCGGCCAGACCUGCUGCUCUCUGCCUCGGUGGAUCAGCGCCUGGCGCUGUGGCGCCGGGGCCCAAGCGGGCUGGACCUGCUCAGCACCACCUUCUUCCAUGUGCCUGACCUGGCUGACCUGGACUGCUGGGAGAUGGCAGGGGCUGACGGGGAGCUACAGUACUGGUGUGUGCUCUGUGGGCAGGGUCUGGAGAUGCUGCAUGGCACGGUCCCCCCUGAGCCCCCACCACCCCAGGCUCCCCAGUGAGGGGAUGGCACGUGGCACACCAUGCUCCCCCCUGCCUGGGGAGGGAAUCCUGCACUUGUGCUCUGCCUGGCACUGCAGCCCCUGCCCCAGCCCACAUGCUGCUGUGUCCCCUCUCAGUGGGACAGGUGGGCUUGGCUCCUUCAGCAACGGCACAGCCACAUCUGGCUGUGACCCCUCCUGGAGAAGCCUGAAGGCAGUAAAGAAGUAUUGGGGUCCUCACCCUACCCUGGCCAGGGUUUCCAGCCGUGGUCCUAGAGAGGAACCUCCUUCAGAGGGCACUGAGGAUGGUGCUUGGUCUUGGGAGCUUGAGGAAGCAGAAGGCAAAGACACCAUCAGGUGGUGGGUGCUGUGUGGCAGGAUCCAGCCUCACAGUCCCUGGCUAUCUCUGUGUAACUGCCCUGACCCUGCAGUGCUGGGGAUUCUGCCAAAAUGAGUGGGGACACUGAUGCUCCAUAGCAGCAGCCAUGGGGGGUUCUGCCCCCCUCACAGCACAGGAAAGGAGUGUCGCGGGUGAGGCAAGGUGCACAGCUGAGUUCAGACACACACACAGCAUUUGUCCAACAAGAAGUGUAUUAGAUCCUAGUCUGGGGGCCUGGCCCAGGAGCCUCAGGAGCUCCUGCCAGCAUGGAGCCCAGUCAAUAAAGGGCUCAGAGAGAGGUGAGGUCAGUGUCUGGUUGUGUGGCAACUGAUCCUUGGUGCCCCCUCUCCCACUUCCCCAGCCUGUCCCACAGGGUGCUUCAGGCAUCCUCCUUCCUAUUGCUGUGGACUGGGCAAGCACACCAACCUCCCACACUGGCACAACCCUGGGGUGCACAGCCAACCUCUACCCUGUGCAAGCAGUGAGAGGAGCACCCACAUGGAGCUGGGACAGGCCUUGCCCAAACACCCUGCCUGAUGGUGGGGCAGCCCCCCACCCUCCCAGGGAGGAUGUGUCUGGCCCUCCCUCACACUGCCUUUGUCCUGGUGCCUGUCACAAAGUUCUCCAUUAGUGGCUCAGAUCUGGCUGAGGGGAGGGAGGUGCAGAGUGGCCAGUGCACUGUGGAACACAUCCCUGAUGGCUCCCAGCAGCUGGAGGCGGGCAAACAUCUGGUCAAAUAGGUGAGGGAAUGGCUCCUGCAGGGAGAAAGGCAGCAACUUGGGGCUGGUUGCCCCUCACUGGGCUGGCCCUAGAGGCACUGCUACCUCUGCACCCCGUGUACACAUCCCUGAGGGGCUGCAUCUCAGUGCUGGUACCCCAUAGCCCCUUCCCCACAUGGCUGCCCCACAGCUGCAGUCCGGCCCUAGGGAGGGCUGCAGGCCUAGAAUGUCUGACUCACCCCCAGGACAUGGACCCGGUUGUAGUAGGAGCUGAAGUCCAUGCUGAGCUGGAUCAGGAACUUGCACACCUGCAACACAAAGAGCUGCUGCUGGCACAGCAAGGUCUGGCCACUCUUGGGCCCUUCCCAAGGCCAGGCACAGCAGGAGCAGCCCUGGGGUGCUGCAGUGUCUUCCUGGGACAGAACCCUGGCAGCACAUGGCUUUGCCCUGGGCUGGGGCUGUUGGAGCAGCACCCAGGGGUGCUACAGCACGUGGCACUUACUGUCUCUGUGUGGGCUGUGAUCCGGAUGCCCUUGGUGGCUGUGGGCAGCUGUGCUGCCUGCUGCAGGACCUCAGGGAAGGGCAGGAGGUAGUUGAAGAGCAGCAGCCAUUCACCCUGUGGAAGGAUUACGUGUGUUGGAGAGGGAUGGAGCCUCUCCUGCAUCCAUCCCCAGAGCCAAGGGCAUGCAGGUCCCUCCAUUGCCCUUCUCAGCUCUCACCUCUUCGCGCAGGCAGGAGAAGUUCAGUUCCGAUGCUGGUGGCAGAGGCGGGUAGGUGCCUGUAAAGGAGGUGGCAGACUGUUGUGCCCCAAGAAGCCCCUGUAGCUGCAGGCGAGGAACAGCCCAGGAGGGGCUGAGGAGGGUAUGGGGAUGGUGCUCACCCUGCUCCACAGCCCGCUGGUAGGUGGCAAAGAGCGUGGCCAGCCGGGCACAGUUGUACAUCACGAAGGCACCGCUCUUGGUUCCCUUCGUGGAGAUGCUGCUGUCCUCCAGGUCCAGGGUGAGCUGGGGGCAGGGAAAAGAAGGCACAGUCCCAGCUGCUCAGCACAGAGCCGCUCUGCUUGUCCCAUGGCUUGCCCGUCCUGUCCUACCUGGCUCUGGUGAGCUGUGCUCAGCAUUUCAAACCUGAUGGCAGCUACGGUGAGGGUAUCAAUCACCUCAGUCCAGGCUUCAUCUGCAGAAAACACAGGGGACAUCACACAGUUUGCUCCAUUCCUGUCCCCAGCACUCAGGCUAGGGCCAAGGUGUUCCAGUGGAAGCUGGGGACCACCCCACUUCCCCAGCCCUGGCCCCAAGCUGCAGGGACUGCUCUGUACCAGCACCUCACACAGCAGUUUAGACCUUCCCCCAAGCAAGGUCAGGGUCUGACUCCAUCACAGAAGGGCAAGGGGAAGCCCCAUGGGCUUUAGAGGUGAGGAGGGAGACCCAUGGGAACAGCAUCCCUGUGUGGAGCCACAGAGCAAGCCCUCACCUUGUGCAAGCUCCCCAUACUUCAUCACAGAGGCCUCAUACAUCUGGCGCUUUCGGAGCCUGGGAGGAACACAGCCACUCACAGCCACCAUCCCUGGGCUGAGCUGGCCCCAGAGAGUGCCCCAUGGGUCCCCCAGCCUUCAGGGCAUUCUAGCUGCCACAGCAACCCAGCCAAGGAACAGUGAUACGAAGCUUCCAGGAGCCAGGCAGGGAAAGUCACACCACAGCCAGGCCCUUGUGCUGCUGCCUGGAGAGGGCUGUGAGGAAAUCGCUGCAUUUGGUACAGAAAAAGCUCUGCCUUUUGGCUGAGAAGGGGCCACCCCCACACCAGGGCCAUCCACCAACGUGUGAAGGCAGGGAGAGACCACACCACUGCAGCAUCCAGCCCCUGCCCCUGGCAGCACUGCUGGGAGGCUUCUGGGGCCUUCCUUGCGCACCUCCAGUCCUCUUAAAACAACCCUGAGGCUGCAGAAAAGCAGAAGGGAGGGACUGCACAGAACUGUCUGUGUGGUAGCGGUGUGGUGUGGCUGCCAGGCAGAGCACAGGGGUCGGGGCACAGGACAGGGACACAGAGACUUACUGGAAGUACUGGUCUGCCUCGAUGGGUGCUGAGGGGUUUGUCACCUUCACUGGCCCACAGACAAGGUGUUUCUGGAAGAGAGAGGAGAGGCUGGGGUCAAAGACUCAGAAGCUCUACCAUAGGCAGUGCAGGAGAACCAGGCUAAGACCAGCCCUGUUCCAGCUGUGUCCCCACAGUCUUCUCCUGCCCCUUCUUUGGCACUGAAAUCCCGAGGGCUGAGGGGCUGCCCCACUGCCCAGGCACAAGUAUGGAGGGGCAGCCAAAGGGGAAGGGAAGCUGCACACGUGGGCAAGGCUGGAGCCUUGGCACCCACUGUGGGGGUGGAAGGAGGCUGGCUGAGCAAAAGGCUGCUGGAGGAUGCACUGAGAAGGGCCAGAGGUUCCUCACCUGCAAAGCUGUGUGGGCUCCAGGAUCCAAAAUCCUCCAGAGCAGGUCCAGCUGCUGCUGCUGGAAUUCCUCCUCGCAGCUCACCACAUGCACGAUGCAGCAGCUCCCCUGGCCUCCAGCCUGCAGUAUAGCACAGCAGGGAGCUCAGAAGGUGGUGUGACAGAAAGCGAGAGGCAGGUGGUGGGGUGUGGUGGGUUCCUCACCAUGCACUGCAGAGCAGCUUGCUGCAGCUCUGCCACGGACCGCAGCUUCCCCUCCGUCACUGCAAGCAGAGUGCUCAGAGUGGGACACGAGGGCUCACCACCCCCCAUCCUGCCUCGUUGGGUCUGCCCCAGCCUGGCUGCCUUUCCAGCUCAAACCAGAGUGAAGAAUAGGAGAAUGCAACUUUAAUCUACCCCCCCCCCCCCUUCCUUAUUUUCUGUGUAAACAAUUGAAAAGAACAAAAACGGGCCUGCCUCCAGCUGUUGGGACCCCCCACUGUAACACCAGAGCUGCUGUGCAUGGGGGGCUCACCAUGAAGGACACCCAGAUUGGGGUCGUAGCCCACCAAGUCCUGCUGCUCCAUGAAGCCUCUCAAGUGCACUUCACAGAUGACAUCCUCGGGCAGCGCAGACGUGCCCAGCCCGUGCUCACAGGCAGCGGCCCAGGGCGACCGGCCCAGCGCCUGCUUCAGGGCCGAGACGGUGCCGGCGAGGUCUGAGUGCCCGGAGCCCGAGGGCCACUCGACGCGGAGCUGCCGCAGGACCUCCCUGCCGCCCUCCUGGGUGACGGCGGGGACCGGGCUGACGCUGACCCUGCGAGAGAGGGCGAGGUGGUUGCUGGCGGCGCGGGGCCGGCGGCGGGGCGGGGACGAUGGCCGGCGUGCUCACCCCUGGGCGCGCAGCAGCCGGGCCAGGUGGUCGGCCAGCAGGAGCGGGCGCAGGUGGCUCGGCCGGAGCGGGACGGCGUCGGGCCGGCGCAGCGCCG